CCUCUAACUUGUUGUUAUUUAAUUUUUAAUUUUACUGGAUUUUCAAUGAAAAAUCUCAUAAAAUGCUGACGCGUAAAUUGCUAAACCUUCGUCUCGGCCACCUGGCACGCCGGUGGACAAGCACAGACCCCCUAAGCAUUCAAAAUGAGAAGCUGCAGGCAUAUUUGGAGUCCUUGCGCCAGGAAUACUAUGCUGUCCGUGUUAAUGCCGCUGGAAACAGCAAAUCUUACGCCCGUCUCGCUCAGUUAGAGGGCGUGGUCAGUGCCUUGGAGCAACGACGAGUCCUAGAGCGCCACAUUACGAGUGCCAAGGACAUGGAACUAGAGAAGGACGAGGAUAUGCGCCAACUGAUGCAGGAAGAGAAUGAAGUCUAUGUGGAUCUGCUGGGCAAGCAGGAUCAAACUCUUCUGCAAGAACUGCUCACCCUGUCAGAUGACGAAGUGUAUACGGCGCUUAUCUUCGGCCUGAAUGCCGGCGCCGGUGGCCAGGAAGCCAUGCUGUUUGCCCAGGAGCUGUACGAUAUGUAUACCGGCUUUUUCGAGCACAUGGGCUGGGAGUGGGAGGAAUUUGCCAGCGAGUCCACCGACAUUGGUGGCCUGCGUCAUGCCAGCCUGAUGGUGACCGGCGAGGACGCCUUCCGCUGGUUACGCUACGAGGCGGGCGUGCAUCGGGUGCAGCGCGUCCCGGCCACCGAGAAAUCCGGACGCAUGCACACUAGCACCGCCUCGAUCACCGUGAUUCCGCGACCAGCUGACAUCCAGGUGCACAUCGCGGAGAAGGAUCUGAAAAUCGAGACUAAGCGGGCGAGUGGCGCUGGGGGCCAGCAUGUGAAUACCACCGACUCGGCGGUGCGGAUUGUCCACCUGCCGACCGGUUUGGCGGUGGAGGCGCAAUCGGAACGCUCCCAGUUAAAGAACCGGGAGCUGGCCAUGAAGCGCCUGCGUUCGCGACUCGUGCAACAGCAGCUGGAGAGCACCGAGGCCAGUAAAAUGGCCACUAAGAAAGCACAACAGGGAAGUCUCAAUCGAAACGAAAAGAUUCGCACCUACAAUUUCGUCCAAGACCGGAUCACGGACCACAGGGUUCAGGGCGGCACGCUGCACAACCUCGAUGGUUUCCUAAAGGGCGGCGAACAACUCAGUGGACUCAUAGAAAAGCUACAAUUAGAGCACCGAAAGGAACGACUGAAGGGCCUGUUGGAAACGUGGCAGCCGCCAAAGGAGGCUAUUAAGAAAAACUAGAGCUCCAUGCUUGUUAUUACAUUUAUACGCUUGCGAUUUAAAAGUAAAUUACGUCUGAUUAGACAUACGAAAUCAGAGAAAAAUUCA